AUGUCGCACGUCACGCAAAUCCCAGACGCCUCUUCUGCACUGCACCGCACCGAGCACCUGACCAUCCCAUCAUCCCUGUCCAGCCUCGCUAUCCCAAGGGGAAAUAGCACAGAGCGUACGCAAACGCCGACUGUUGAGAAAGUGGCACCACUUCAGACAUUCACAUUGGCACUGACACUAGCACUGACACUGGCAUUGACACUUGGCAUGGUCCAACCACGCCCCAAUCACGACUAA